UCAUGCCUCUACACCAAGACUUCACCUUAGUAGUCUUAGUACCGCUUAUCAAUACCUACUUUCUCUCGCGUUCUGAUUUUUACAUGUACAGUUUUGUCUUCUGUCAGACACCAAAAAUCCGUUUUCAUUUCCAGUUUCCAUUUGCAUAUUUAGGUCUCAGUACUUGGCACCAAGGUCAGGGACCAUAAUGGUGUUUCCUGGUUUUGACGGAUACAUCCACGAAAAAGGACUUAGCACCUGAAGGCUUGUACUGUCUUAAUACAGCAUGGGGUUAGAUGUAAGACUUGAAGUCAACAUGUCUUUGAAAUGUGGGCAUCUCUUCACACUCCUCUUCUUCAUUGUGUCUGUCGCAGGAAUUCAAGACCGAAGCAGGCUAAAUCCAUCAGAGACCCUUCACACUAUCAGCUUAACAAACCUGCCAAAACCACCAAAGCAGAAUUCAGGGAUCAGGACUAUAUUUGAAAUGGAAAAGCAUCGGAUCAAGAGGUCAGACUUCUUCCACUCAGAGGUGAAAGUAUGUCCACAGGAGACAAUGAGGGAAGUCAUAGCAAGUCACCAAGCAUACUACACACUGAGAGUUUGCCAGGAGGCUGUAUGGGAGGCUUUCCGGAUCUUUCUGGACAGAAUUCCCAGCAGCUCAGAGUACCAGAAAUGGGUCCACAAAUGCCAGCACGACUCUAUGUGCAUCUCAGAUCUCGCCAUGAACUUCAGCAAUUCACAGGAACACAUAGACAUGGUCUACAGGAGCGUGAAUAUAAAAAGUGAAAAAUUAGAACGAAAUACGACUGAAGAUCCAACAACUGAUGGAAUACCAAGAACGGAAGGGUCAGAGGAAGUCCUGGCUGAAGCAACAGUAGAAGAAUUUGUUCCCGCAGAUCUAUCUAGUACCAUCAGUACUACGACAGACACCUCUACUGCCUCACAGGAGUUGGAUCUUCACAAUGUAGUUCCUGAGCAGCCAGUACAUCAGGUCAUAGAGUUCAGCAUUAUAAUGAUGGACUAUGGGUACCAGGAGAUACUGAGUGACACUGAUUCACCUCAGUACCAUGACCUGUCAAGGAAUCUUCAGGAUCAGAUGCAACAUGCUUUUAAUGACCUACCUGGAUUUAUGGAUGUCCGAGUGUUAAGUAUUAGUGAGGCAGAAGCACCUAAUGGAGCUGGAGGACUAUCUGCAGUUUACUCAGCUGUAUUUGAGACUACCAUACCUUCCAUUGCUGAUGAAAAUCUGCACAUUGGCACGGCUGUUUCAUCUACAGGACCAAGUCUAAAGGAUAUGAUAGUUAAAGCACUGAGCAAAAAAGCAUCUCUUCUUGAUCUUAAUUCACUGACCUUUGAGACAGGCAAAGACCAGUCUUCAACGAGAUUGCCUGUGACUGAGGUUUCUGAAGACAUAACUGAGUCCUUUGAUCAAGAUUCAUAUGGGGACCUCAAUUUUCCAACAAAAGGACCAAAGAUUGAAGUUCAUAUUUCAUCAGAUGAUGAAGAGACCAUUGUAGACCCAACUUUGGAUGCAGACAGCACUACGACAACAACUAAAUCAGAAUCAGAAACAGUUGAGCCUGAGAGUGACGCAGUCAUUAUACACCAGCUUAAAACUAUUCAAGGGGAAACUGGUGAACUCAAAACAGAGAUUUUUCAAGUUCCACCAGUAGAAGCUCCUAGUGAGGAUGACAGUAAACCAGUUGUUAUUGCUGAAAAAGACAACAAUUUGGCUCCAACAACUUCAGUUGCUGCCUCAGCAGUACCCCCGAGUGAAGAACAGCCUAGGACUACAGAGAAACCUACACCAGAUAGUGACUUUAGUCUAAACACGAUACCAGAAGAUGACAUCAUAUUUUACCCGGUAACCACCGCCCACAUUUUGUUCACCACUGCAACAACUGUUAGUCCUAGGUCUGAACAACCUAAGUUGGCCGUCACAACUGACUUUAGCAUCACCCUGCAACCCUCAACUGAACCAAUUGAUCCAAUAACUGAAGUGACAGAUUCUAAUGAAAUUCCAGAGGCGCCUCAACCAGUGGACACUGGAACGGUAGUAAAGGAAGAAGAGACCAAAGUGGUAAUGCCUGAACCAGAUGUAGAGACCAAGUCUGAGGUUGAUUUACCCAAUGUAAAGGUUGUGAGAACAGAAACUGUAGAAGUAUCUGGACCUGAGAAAGAUACCAAUAUAACUGGAGAUGCUGUUGUUUUAGAAGAUCAGGUAUUACGACCUGAAGAAGUGACUGUAGUAACAGAAAUGUAUGCUGAGUAUGGAACAUUAGAGCCUGUGGGAACAGUUGUGCUACCAGAACCAGUGGAUGAGAUUGGAAAAUCAACUAACCAGGAUGAAGUAACAGAACCCGAGGAAAAAGUUUUAGAGCCAGAUCCAGAGGUCAUUAUAGAAUCAAAGGAAGAUGUUGAGGAGCAUAUAACUGAUGAGGAGAUUAAAGUGAAACAAGGAGAUGAUGUUCAGGCAACCAGGAGGCCAGAAACUGAGACAGGACAACCUAAGAAGGAAAUUCAUUUAACAGAAAAGGGUGAGGUGGUGAAACCUGAAAGAGAAGCUGAUGAUUCAGAACCUGCUGAAGUUGUGGAACAUGAAGGCAGCAUAAAAACUGAACAGUCUGCUGUGGAGAUUGUGAGUGAGGUCCCCAAAACCACUGAAGGUUCAGUCGUUAGUCCUAGGUCUGAACAACCUAAGUUGGGUGUCACAACUGACUUUAGCAUCACCCUGCAACCUUCAACUGAACCAGUUGAUCAUAUAGCUGAAGUGACAGAUUCUAAUGAAAUUUCAGAGGUGCCUCAACCAGUGGGCACUGGAACGGUAGUAAAGCAAGAAGAGACCAAAGUGCUGAUGCCUGAACCAGAUGUAGAGACCAAGUCUGAGGUUGAUUUACCCAGUGUAAAGGUUGUGACAACAGAAACUGUAGAAGUAUCUGGACCUGAGAAAGAUACCAAUGUAACUGGAGAUGUUUUCAUUUUAGAAGAUCAGGUAUUACGACCUGAAGAAGUGACUGUAGUAACAGAAAUGUAUGCUGAGUAUGGAACAUUAGAGCCUGUUGGAACAGUAGUGCUACCAGAACCAGUGGAUGAGAUUGGAAAAUCAACUAAGCAGGAUGAAGUAGCAGAACCCGAGGAAAAAGUUUUAGAGCCAGAUCCAGAGGUCAUUAUAGAAACAAAAGAAUAUGUUGAGGAGCAUAAAACUAAUGAGGAGAUUAAAGUGAAACAAGGGGAUGAUGUUCAGGCAACCAGGAGGCCAGAAACUGAGACAGGACAACCUAAGGAGGAAAUUCAUUUAACAGAAAAGGGUGAGGUGGUGAAACCUGAAAGAGAAGCUGAUGAUUCAGAACCUGCUGAAGUUACGGAACAUGAAGGCAGCAUCAAAACUGAACAGCCUGCUGUGGAGAUUGUGAGUGAAGUCCCCAAAACCACUGAAGGUUCAGUCGUUAGUCCUAGGUCUGAACAACCAAAGUUGGGUGUCACAACUGACUUUAGCAUCACCCUGCAACCUUCAACUGAAACAAUUGAUCCAAUAGCUGAAGUGACAGAUUCUAAUGAAAUUCCAGAGGUGCCUCAACCAGUGGACAAUGGAACAGUAGUAAAGCAAGAAGAGACCAAAGUGGUGAUGCCUGAACCAGAUGUAGAGACCAAGUCUGAGGUUGAUUUACCCAGUGUAAAGGUUGUGACAACAGAAACUGUAGAAGUAUCUGGACCUGAGAAAGAUACCAAUGUAACUGGAGAUGCUGUCGUUUUAGAAGAUCAGGUAUUACGACCUGAAGAAGUGACAGUAGUAACAGAAAUGUAUGCCGAGUAUGGAACAUUAGAGCCUGUGGGAACAGUUGUGCUACCAGAACCAGUGGAUGAGAUUGGAAAAUCAACUAACCAGGAUGAAGUAGCAGAACCCAAGGAAAAAGUUUUAGAGCCAGAUCCAGCAGUCAUUAUAGAAUCAAAAGAAGAUGUUGAGGAGACUAAAGUGAAACAAGUAGAUGACGUUCAGGCAACAAGGAGGCCAGAAACUGAGACAGGACAAGCUAAGGAGGAACUUCAUUUAACAGAAAAGGGUGAGGUGGUGAAAACUGAAAGAGAAGCUGAUGAAUCAGAACCUGCUGAAGUUGUAGAAUAUGAAGGCAGCAUCACAACUGAACAACCUACUUUGGAGAUCGCAAGUGAGGUCCCCAAAACCACUGCUGGUUCAACCAAACCUCCUGCAGAGAUGAUUAAGAUUAAACCACCUGAGAUUUCUGUCACAGAAACUUACCUUGUUGAGAAUAUUGACUAUUACCAACCCAAAGAAGGUGCUAAUUUGCCUUUUGUGCCAGUUGACAGUGUUCAACCAGGCACAGACAUUGGUAAACCUGAACAUUCGGAAGACUUUGGGGUGGAGGAUCAACUCUCCAAACCUGAGGUUACUGAGGGAGUUCUUGAGAUACCAGAUCUGGUUGCAGAGGAAAAAACUCUAAGACCAGAAAAGUCUGAUGUUCUCACUACUGUAUCAAGUGCCUCAGAAUCUCCACCUGAAAUGAUCACAGAAUCAGCUUCAAAGAAAGAUAAGGACUUAGCAUCUGUUGUUGGGGAUACUAAGGAACCACAGCUCGAAGAGAUAGAGGAAGAGACUGCAUCACAACCCACAGAGACACUCACAUCUGAUCUACCCUUGACAGCUUCACCUGCAGACCUUGAACUUUUUGAAGUAGCGCUAACAGAUUUACCGGUCGUUACGCCAACCCCUUUGGAAAAGGAUUAUGAUUCACCAACUGAAAAAGUACAAUCAACUGUUGCCCAGGAGUUACCAUCUGUUGUUGGAGAUACUGAGGAGCCAAAGCUCACAGAUUUGGAGAAAGACACUCCGACAGAAGAUCUCCUUGUAGAACAAGAAAAGGGGACUGCAUCACAACCCAUGGAGACACACACAACUGAUCUACAUUUGGCAACUUCACCUGCAGACCUUGAACUUUUUGAAGUAGUGCUAACAGAUGUAUCAGUCAUUACGCCAAUACCUUUAGAAAAGGAUUAUGAUUCACCAACUGAAAAAAUACAGUCAACUGUUGCCCAGGAUGUUGAUUUUACGAAAACAGAAAAUGACAAAGUGCUGAAUGUGGAAACUCAGGAAGUUGUUCUAACAGAUGUAUCAGUCAUUACUCCAAUAUUUCUGGAAAAGGAUUAUGAUUCACAGACCGAAAAAGUACAACCAACUGUUGCCCAGGUUGUUAUAUUUGAGUCAGAAAACGACCAAGUGCUGGAUGUGGAAACUGAAGACCCAUUUAUUCAUUUAAAAGAGUUAGACCAAAUAGAUGUAGUAAGUACUGAGACCAUUGAUCUCUUGAGUUAUGACAAUGGAUAUUCUUUCCCAAAUGAAGGAUAUCCCUUGGAGACAACAAGAGCCCCAUCACUAAAGUAUUUCACAACUCCUUCAAUGACCACAGCUAACAAAGGCAAAGAACUAGUUGUGUUUUUCAGUUUGCGUGUCACGAACAUGCUGUUCUCUGAAGAUCUUUUCGAUAAGAGCUCUGCAGAAUACCAAUCGUUGGAAAACAAAUUUGUUGAACUGCUACUCCCAUAUCUACAGUCUAACCUAACAGGCUUUAAGAAGUUAGAGAUCCUAAACUUCAGAAACGGAAGUGUGGUGGUCAAUAGCAAGGCAAAAUUUGCCAAGUCUGUGCCGUACAACAUUACUCAGGCUGUCCAGCAUGUCUUGGAGGAGUUUUGUAAUGCUGCAGCCCAGCAUUUGGAUAUAGAGGUUGACAGCCAUUCCCUAGACAUAGAACCAGCUGAUCAAGGUGACCCUUGCAAGUUUCUUGCCUGCAACGAGUUUUCCAAUUGCGUGGUAAACCUCUGGACAAAGGAAGUACAAUGUUUAUGUGACCCUGGCUAUGUGACGGUGGAUGGACUGCCAUGUCGGAGCCUUUGUGUGGUCCAGCCUGACUUCUGUCUCAAUGGAGGAGAGUGUGAGAUUGUACCAGGGCAUGGUGCCGCUUGCAGAUGUCGUGUAGGUAAAUUCUGGCAAUUUAUCGGGGAGAGAUGUGCAGAGCUGGUCUCCGUGACACUAGACCCCUUUCUUUCCCUAGUGUGCCUCGUGGGUGCGCUCACCAUUCUUUAUGCCAUCAUUUCUCUCUUGUUAUCUAUGUGCAGGAAAUGUGUACGGACAAGAAAGACACUAACUCUAGUAGGCAGAGACCAGACCACCAUACCAGGCCUGACGAGUUAAUCACAGAAGAUUUACACAUUAUAAUCACUGUCAUGGAGAGGUGGAACGUCACGUCAUGCGGUCUUUCGAUGGUGUUUAUCCAGCCAUUAAAUAACGCUUGAAAAGACUUCCCAUGAGCCCACAACUCCCGAAGGCUGUAGAAUGAGUGGCCAAACAUCCUGAACAGAUGGAGAGCCAAGCUGAAUGGUUAUGUAACCUGUCGUCCUCAUGAGAACAUCAAGAAAUGAGCUGGUUGAAUGUUUUCACAUUGCAGAAAGCAUUAUGGGUUUCCUCACAAUGAGGAAAUUAUUCUUCUGUUUGGUCAUAAUGAAUAAGUUUCACACUGUUCAGAAAUUCUCAUAGUUUGGAACACAGUUUUGUUUUGGUGUAUAAUAAUUAAUAGUUUCACAUGCAUAGCGAAUACAUUUUUUUUUUUUUGUCUUUUAGCAUGGUUGUCUUGUGUAAAGAAGAACUUUGUUGGAAAUAUUCUUUGAAUGCUAUAGAGGAACAAAUGUUAAAAAGAAAAAAACUAAAGUUAUAAACAAAAAAUUGCUACAAAAUAUGAACCAAUUUUGUAAGAUUUAGCACUAUAACAAUGCAAAAUGUAUUUAAGUAUAGUUUAUUAUCUAGAGCUAUGUUAGUGAUGUUCCUGGGCUGCCCUGAAUAAUGGUAAAUAGCAUCACUUAUUUGCAUUUAUUCUAAAUACUUAGUAAAUAACAUUCAUCAACAUAUUUCACAGUGACAUUUAAUAGUUGCUUGUACAAUAUUGAUUAUAUAUAUCUAUAUUUUUUUUCAUUGUUACUGUAUGGUGAAAUGUUAUAGAAGGUAAUCCCUGAAACGAGGCUCUCAUAACUCUAUAUGUAUUUUUGUACACCAACUGUGCUGGUUUAGAUCUAUAAAAAAUCUCAACUGUGCUUGUUGGAAGAAAACAG